ACAGGCGGGCUAGCUUUGCGUGGAGAGGGGAUUGGGUGAAUGGUUCGUUGGGGCCAAUCGAGGCUGCAUCGAUGUGCAGUUCACAUGCAGCUGGGGUCGUAUUUGAUACCUAACCGCCACGGCCUCCUCGAUCGGCCUCAGGCUGUCGUUCAUCCCCCACAUCCACUUGUCCGCCCACUUGCAUCGUACAAUCGUGCGGCAUCACGACUUCGACGCUUCCUAUACUCGAGCGUAUCAUGGCGAGAGUUCGAAGUGGCUGGCUGAGAUGGAGGUCUUGGAUUAGGUUCCAACAUGUAGCGAUGCUGUUGCUUGCCGCCUCUUCAAUCCUCUUCUCCAUCCUCCUCGCAGGGUGCACAACAGAAGGUCUGAGUGAUUUGUACCUUCUCUCGCUCUCGUACACGGGCAGCGCCUCGUCGGCAGCCGAUAACACCAUAACGAACCCGAAUGUGUCCUCGGCGGUGGCUGGGCUUGCGGGUACCGGAUCGGCACUCCAGGUGCGAGUUGGGUACUUCGGAUACUGCCUGAUCCACGGCGCCAUCAAGUCUUGCUCGUCGGAUGCGGAUUUGCUCGCCGCAUCACUGCGAGGAAUGGACUGGAGUGAUCCCCUGAACAUGUUAUUCGUGGCGAAGUCCUUCCGCAAUGAUACGAUCUUCAGCGGUCUCAUAUUUAUCAGCAUUAUCUUGGGAAUCUUCUGCUUCGGUCUGCUGAGUACGUUCCGCCGGCGAACCGAACUGCAGGUGGGCUCGGACGGUGAAUCUGAGCACGAGCGCCUCGAGGUCAGGCCGUUUCCGUCUAGGCGAGUGUCGCAGUCGGCCCUGAUCCUGGUCCUGGUGGCGUCGAUUUUUGCCCUGGUUGCCGCGCUGUGGCAGCAUCUUUCGAGCGCUGCCACCUCGACUAUGGCUGGCACCGUAAUGUACGGCACCGUGUCAGGACAGGUGGGCGCCGGAGCCAUGGCCCUGGGAUGGGUUGGGACUGCUCUCUUGAUUGUGGUUGCAGUUGGCCUACUCCUCAAGAUCUUGAGUAUGCGGGUAUUAGAACUCAUCAAUCAGGUUCCGUGAACCAGAGAACAUACGUCACUUAGCUUCCCUUGGACAAUUGUAACGCAGCUUCAUGAUGCGGUUCUGGUUCCAAUCUGGACUGUCGAAAAUGUCAAGUCCUACUAAAUAUAGCGAUGGCGGCCUCGGAUGUCAGGAAACAACUAAUAACUAGGGCUUGGAACCUAAUCGACCCAAACCGCAAUCC